UCUCUCCAGGGAAGGAAGAGUCGGUGGCCACCUUCAAGGGGAACGAGUUCUUCUGCUACGACCUGUCGCUGACGCCCAUCCAGAGCAGCACGGACGAGAUCACGCUCUCCUUCCGCACGCUGCAGCGCAACGGCCUCAUGCUGCACACGGGCAAGUCGGCCGACUACGUCAACCUGUCGCUGAAGAGCGGCGCCGUGUGGCUGGUCAUCAACUUGGGCUCGGGCGCUUUCGAGGCACUGGUGGAGCCCGUCAACGGGAAGUUCAACGACAACACCUGGCACGAUGUGCGCGUCACCCGCAACCUGCGUCAGCACGCAGGCAUUGGACACGCUAUGGUAAACAAACUGCAUUAUAUGGUGACUAUAUCAGUGGAUGGUAUUCUGACCACUACUGGUUAUACCCAGGAGGACUAUACCAUGUUGGGCUCAGAUGACUUCUUCUACAUUGGGGGGAGUCCCAAUACUGCGGACUUGCCCGGAUCACCCGUCAGCAACAACUUCAUGGGCUGCCUUAAAGAUGUGGUGUAUAAGAAUAACGACUUCAAGCUAGAACUCUCCCGGCUGGCCAUCGAGCGGGACCCUAAGAUCAGCCUGAACGGAGACCUCGUCUUCCGCUGUGAGGACGUGGCCGCCCUGGACCCCGUCACCUUUGAGUCCCCCGAGUCCUUCAUCGCCCUGCCCAAGUGGAACACCAAGAAAACAGGCUCCAUCUCCUUCGACUUCCGCACCACAGAGCCCAGCGGCCUGCUGCUGUUCAGCCACGGGCGCCCCCAGGGUCCUAAAGAGCAGAAGCCGGGUCGAGACAUGAAGUCAGACUAUUUUGCUAUGGAGCUGCUGGACGGCUUCCUAUACCUACUCAUGGACAUGGGGUCGGGGAGUAUCAAGCUGAAGACCAGUAAUAAGAAGGUGAACGACGGGGAGUGGUGCCAUGUGGACUUCCAGAGGGAAGGGAGGAAAGGCUCCAUCUCGGUGAACAGCCGCAGCAUCCCCUUCAACUCCAACGAGGGCAGUGAGAUCCUGGACCUGGACAGCGACAUGUUCCUGGGGGGUCUCCCCGAGACCCGCUCUGACCUGGUGCUGCCCCCCGAGGUCUGGACCGCCUUGCUCAACUACGGCUACGUGGGCUGCGUCCGCGACCUCUUCAUCGACGGCAAGAGCCGCGACGUGCGCCGCCUGGCCGAGAUCCAGAGCUCCCCGGGCGUCAGCAGCUUCUGCACCCGCGAGCUUCAGAAGAGGUGCAGCAGCACCCCCUGUGGGAACGGAGGCCUGUGUAAAGAGGGAUGGAACCGCUACAUCUGCGACUGCACCGGCACCGGCUACCUGGGCAGCAACUGUGAACUCGAGGCAACGGUGCUGAGCUACGACGGCAGCAUGUACCUGAAGAUCAUCAUCCCGGGGACCAUGCACACCGAGGCAGAGGACGUGGCGCUGCGGUUCAUGUCCCAACGGGCAUUCGGUCUCCUCGUGGCCACCACCUCCAAAGAGUCAGCUGACACCCUGAGGCUAGAGUUGGACGGUGGCAGGGUCAAGCUGACUGUCAACCUAGAUUGUAUCAGGAUAGACUGUAACCCUUCCCCUCCAGGUAAAGGACCUGAAACGCUCUUCGCUGGCCAGAAGCUCAACGACAACGAGUGGCACAUGGUGAAAGUGGUGCGCCGAGGAAAGAACUUCCAGCUAUCUGUGGACAACGUCACGGUGGAAGGCCAGAUGACGGGUGCCCACACGCGGCUGGAGUUCCACAACAUUGAGACUGGCAUCAUGACCGAGCGUCGCUUCAUCUCCGUGGUGCCCUCCAACUUCAUCGGUCACCUCCAGGGCCUGACAGUCAACGGCGUGCCCUACCUGGAUCAGUGCAAGAACGGUGACAUCUCCUACUGCGAACUCAACGCCCGCUUUGGCAUGCGCCACAUCAUCGCCGAUCCGGUGACGUUUCGAACGAAGGCAAGCUAUCUAGCGUUGGCUACUUUGCAGGCCUACGCCUCCAUGCACCUCUUCUUUCAGUUCAAGACCACCACGUCGGACGGCCUGCUGCUCUUCAACUCGGGGGAUGGCAGCGACUUCAUCGUUGUGGAGCUGGUCAAAGGCUACGUCCACUAUGUCUUUGACCUCGGCAACGGCCCGUCGCUGAUGAAGGGUAACUCGGACAAGCCGCUCCACGACAACCAGUGGCACAACGUGGUGGUCUCCCGGGACGCCAACAACGUGCACACGCUCAAGAUUGACUCCCGCACCGUCACCCAGCACUCCAAUGGAGCCCGCAACCUGGACCUCAAAGGGGAGCUGUACAUCGGUGGUGUGGGGAAGAGCAUGUACAACAGUCUGCCCAAGCUGAUCGCGUCCCGGGACGGGUACCAGGGCUGCCUGGCCUCGGUGGACCUCAACGGGAGACUGCCAGACCUGAUCGCAGAUGCCCUCCACAGGGUGGGCCAGGUGGAGCGAGGCUGCGACGGACCUAGCACCACCUGUACGGAGGACUCCUGCUACAAUCAAGGCGUGUGUCUCCAGCAGUGGGAGGGCUUCUCCUGCGACUGCACCAUGACGUCCUAUGGCGGCUCCUUCUGUAGCGACCCUGGGACAACCUACAUCUUCGGGAGAGGAGGAGCCCUCAUCACAUACACCUGGCCCCCCAACGACCGGCCGAGCACACGGGCAGACCGGCUGGCGGUGGGAUUCAGCACGCAGCUGAAGGAGGCCGUGCUGGUCAGGGUGGAAAGCGCAGAGGGACUGGGAGACUACCUGGAGCUGCACAUAGAACGAGGAAGGAUCGGCGUCAUCUUCAACGUGGGAACGGACGACAUCGCCAUCGAGGAGAGUGCAGUGGCGGUGAGCGACGGCAAAUACCACGUGGUGCGCUUCACGCGCAGCGGCGGCAACGCUACCCUGCAGGUGGACAGCCAGCCCGUCAUCGAACGCUUCCCCACAGGGAACUUUGAUAAUGAACGCCUGGCUAUUGCUAGACAAAGAAUCCCAUACCGACUUGGUCGGGUAGUUGACGAGUGGCUACUCGACAAAGGUCGACAGUUGACCAUCUUCAACAGCCAGGCGUUCAUCAAGAUCGGUGGUGGUGGCGGCGACAAGGCCCGUCACUUCCAGGGCCAGAUCUCGGGCCUCUACUACAACGGGCUGCAGGUGCUCAAGCUGGCGGCCGAGGGCGACCCCAACGUGCAGGCCAAGGGCAACCUGCGGCUGGUGGGCGACGUGCCCUCGGUGCUCACCACGGACACCACCAGCACCACGCCGCUGGCCGACAUGUCCACCACCAUCAUGGAGACAACCACGACCAUGGCUACCACCACCACCCGCAAGCAGCGUUCACCCACCAUGAGGGACAGUGUCACACAGAACACGGAUGAUCUGUUGGUAGCAUCUGCUGAGUGUCCCAGCGAUGACGAGGACUUGGAGGAGUGCGAGCCUGGAAAUGGAGGUGAAUUAGUGUUGCCCAUAAUAACGGUGGACUCCCUAGACCCCCCGUCCAUCGUCACCCGCUACCCUGUAAUCCCCCCGCCCCCCACCUACCGGCCCCUCCUACCCUUCCUCGAAACGACCAAAGAGUCCCUCCCCCUGCCCAACGGUCGCCCCCCCUGCCCACUGGACCAGGAGGACUGCGAGGAGGCGGGACCCAUCGAGGUGUCCGCCUACGGCUCGGGUGAGAUGACCGAGUCGGAUGACGAGGACUAUUACAAAAACUCCCCCCUCGUCACCGACAGGACGGUCCUCCCCCUCCCCCCAAUGAGAGUGGCAUCCAUAACCCCACGACCGUCACUUCUCCCACCGCCCGGCGGCAGCAGCAGCAAAAACCCCGCUGGCAAGAUGAACACCCGGGACCAGGUGCUGCUGCCGCCCUCCAACCCCUCCUCAGACCCUGACCGCCACCGCCACGUCCCAGGCGUAACCUACCCUCCCAAUUUCCCCCAUGUGCCCACCCCAGACCCCACCUCCCCAGAGAGAGGAGGGCCUCCCGGCGCAGUAGAGGUAAUCAGGGAGUCCAGCAGCACCACGGGCAUGGUGGUAGGCAUCGUGGCGGCCGCUGCCCUCUGCAUCCUCAUCCUUCUCUACGCCAUGUAUAAGUACCGUAACCGGGACGAGGGAUCCUACCAGGUAGACCAGAGCCGAAACUACAUCAGUAACUCGGCCACGCAGAGCAACGGCACCCUGGUGAAGGAGAAACAGCCGGGCACAGCCAAGACAACCACCAAGAACAAGAAGAACAAAGACAAGGAGUACUACGUCUGAGACCGGCCUAGCCAGAGACAGAGGACGAAAGGUGAUGCACAGAGAGAGAGGAAGGGAGGGGGAGAGAGGAGAGGGGAGAGAUGGAGGUAGAGGAAGGAGAAAGGUAAGGCAGUAUAUGAAGUGACAAUUAGCUAAAUCUUUGUGGGCAGAGUUUCAAUUAUUUUAGUAUAUAGGUUACAUUGCCGCCAAAAUGACCUCCUCGCUUUCCUCCUCAACCCAUUUAGAGCCUAAAGCAAAGGGAGAAAGGAUGGGAUUGGCACAGAAACGUUUUAAACGUCUUAAUCAGAUCGACACAUAGUCCUAUUUUUUCCACAACUAUUCAAAAUAUUCUUGGUAUUAUUCUUCAAUACAGUAAUAUUCUUUCUCACUUAGCCUCAUAACAUUUUCUUUGAGAAUACAAACAGACAAAGUCUUGACUACAAUGGCCGCCAAACCUCGCUCAAUACAAUAUAAUUUUGUGCCAACAGCCAUACCCAGAGCUCAUGCUACAACGAAACUAGGUAAUCCAGCACCAUUUAAAGGGUAUUGUAUUGUAUAUAGCCUACAAUCAGAGUUAAGCAUGGUGAUUGACUAUAGAGAGACACAGGGAAGGACGAACCACCAUCAGUGUUUGAGGUUAAGUGUCUGGUUUAAUUAGCUAAAAAGCUAACAUAUUAAAUCAUAAAUGUAUUGAUUCUAUCUACUAGAUGGGUUUGUAUUGGAAGUUCAAACCCCACUGCUAGCCAAGUACAGUAAUACCAAAAUACUGCCAAACAUACAGAAACUAGGUGUCAAAUCUGCCUCCUUCCCUCAUCUAAGUAUUCAAACAUCACCUCACUUGUCUCUCGUGAAGUCUCUCCCUCUUUCUCUCGCUCCUUCUCUCACUCGUGAGCAUCUUUUUCUGUCCCUGUCUAUGGUCCUGAGGAGCUGAUGCAACAUUAUUCUGCUAUGUUUCAAGCAUGUAGUAGUCAUUUCCGAAGAAACUUUCUGUGGAGAAAACACACAAAAAAUGACGAUGAUAACUAGCAAACCCCGUGUGAGGACAACACCAUGAAGCAACCAGCGGAUGCUACGUAUUACGUUUUAGCCGCCAAAACAACUACUGAGGCCAAAACCCUGGGUCGUCUUUCAGUUCUCCAGCAGAUAUCCGUAAUGUGUUUGUCUUGGGGGCUCCACACAGCAUUUCCCCCUACUGAGCCCACUACCGCAGAGGAUGUGGCUCACGUCGUUACAGUCCUAUCACACACAAACCAGAAACCAACCUCCAGCAGACAACCUGACUUUGUUCUAUAUAAAUAUAUAUAUGUAUAGACGUUCAGAGAGAAAAAAACGCUAUGGACCUAACUGAGAGUGUGUCAUAAGAGUAGAAAUGCACCCUAAUGCGCGUGCAUCAGUGGACUCGGUGAUAGAUAACGAAGAUGAUGGACAAUUGAUACUUGACGUGAGACCGAUAUCCCCCACCAAUCCCCUUAAUCAUGCACACUAUGACCAACAUUCAACGACAGUGGGAAACACAGUCCCACUAAGGUGGAGAUUAAAAGGAAGAGUGGGACGGUGUUUUUUUGUUUGCUGUUUUUGUUUUUUAGUUUCUUUCCCUGAAAAAUGAGAGACAUUUGAUGGAAAUUGUGAAUUAUUUUGCUGGAGUCCCACUGUCGCCCCUUAGUGUUGGGGGGGGAAGCGUACGCUACCUUGGAUCUGCGUUCUUGCCUCUCAUUGGUCAAGACUGAUGACAGCCAAUGAGGGCAAGCCCAGUGAAAAACGUCAAAUGGAAAAAAACACAGAACAAGGCGAACAGCAAGUUCACUUGCUGAUGUACAACAAGAACUCUAGUAUUCCAAUUUUCUCAACUCUAUUAAAAAAGAAACUGUACCAUGAAAAGAAAAGAAAAACCUUUAAAAAAAAGUUUGUGAAAUGUCUAAAUAUUUGAAUCUCUCAUCCCAUUACUAAGAAAAUGUGUUUUCCCUAUUACAAUUCCUGUUCGGAGAAAAAAAUAUGACAAAGAUAAUCAAUUCUGGGAAAUUUAAAAUGUAUAUGUUAUUUUUUGGUAAUUAAGCAAAUGUGAUUUGGGUUACAAACAUUAAACCUCUCCUCCAUCCCUCCUACUGCCAUCUCAAUCCAUUCUUGUCCCACGUUCAUCCCUUCAUCUCUCCAUACCUCAUCCCCUUUUCUCACAAUGGCAGAUUGUAGGUAACCAUUUAACUGAAGACCGCACAUGGUCUCAUCCAUCCUCUCUUUUCUAUUGUUUUAUAUCUCUCUGUAACUGCUAGAGCCAAAAUGGCCGCCAUGUCUGGAGAAUGGCUCCAUCCCACCCAUUAUUUUUCCUCAUUCGGUUUGUCCGGUUUCUCUUUCAAUCCAUUACAAAAAGAACCAUCCUCCUCCCAGUAUCUUCCUGUUCUUUCUAAAUGUUAUUGUAAAGUGUUCCAGUGAGAUUACUCUAAAUAUGUGUACAUUAACAGAGGGGAAUACACUUGGUUAUAUACUUCUUCUA